GUGCCGUGAACGGCGCUUGAAAGGGUGGGCCACGUCCUAUUAUUCUCAAACUUGGCGGCAGAGCCGUUCCCCUGAGCCGCUCUUCAUGAAUUCUUGGCCCGCUCAACUUACAUGACAAUGACUACCUGUGAGUGUCCUGCGCGGCUAAUCGCGCACCUUGAGCCAUGACGGCGCCGGUUCAUGGGACUGGGGACUGAUCACAGCCGCCCCCGGCAGCGCCUCUUCCUCUUCCUGUUGCCGUUUCGGCCUUGACGGCUGCCGCGGCCUAUGUCAACGCGAAGGCCUCGCUCUCCUACGACCUUGGCUUGCUGAGGCCUACGACACUGUGUUGCGCUACGCCGAGUGGCUGAAGGAACGGCGGGGCGUCAGAAAGGGCGAGAUGGUGGCGCUAGACUUCCAGAACACCGACACUUUCGUCUUCCUACUCCUCGCUCUUUGCGCUCUAGGCGCUGUCCCGGCGCUGAUCAACCACAACCUUACCGGCAAACCCCUAGCGCACUGCGUACGGAAGGCGAAGGCCCGGCUCGUGCUCCUGGAUCCAUUGGUUGCCGGGCACGUUGGGGAAGACGUCCGAUCGGAGCUCAGCGACGUCACUUUCGAGGUCGUUACCCCGGAGCUGGAGAAGCAAAUGCUAUCACAUGAGCCCGUCCGUCCUCCAGAUGCCGUCCGAAACGACGCGUCGCCCGACAGCAUGGCCAUGCUCAUUUACACGAGCGGGACCACUGGCUUGCCCAAGGCGGCCAUUGUGUCUUGGGGCAAGGUAGCCUUAGUUGGCGGGUUUUCUUCCCGCCUGGCCGGGACAACCAAAAACGAUGUGUUUUACUCGGCCAUGCCACUCUAUCACGGUACGGCCAUGUUGAUUGGCUUCGCCCACAUCCUUUCCGCCGGCGGCACCUUCGCCAUGAGCCGCAAGUUCUCGACCAGCUCAUUCUGGGACGAUGUCCGCAAGCACGGAGCCAACAUCAUUCUGUACGUCGGUGAGACGUGCCGCUACUUGCUGUCAGCGCCGGAACGCAAGGAUCCGGUCACGGGCGAGAGCCUCGACCGCAAGCACAGCGUGCGCGUGGCGUUCGGGAAUGGCCUCCGACCGGACGUGUGGAGCCGGUUCAAGGAACGCUUCGGUAUCGACACCAUCGUGGAAUUCUACGGUGCGACAGAAGGCAGCUUCGCCACUUGGAACAAGAGCCGCAACGAUUUUAGCAUGGGUGCUGUUGGCCGUAGUGGGGCGCUCUACAAUCUCCUCAUCGGCAGAACGAUUGCUUUGAUCGAGGUUGACCACGAGACAGCGAUGCCAUAUCGAGAUGCCAAGACUGGGUUCUGCCGCCGGGUAGCUGCGGGAGAGCCAGGGGAGCUGCUCUUCACGCUGCCGCCGAAGGACGUGGAGUCCCGUUUUCAGGGAUACUACGGCGACAAGGACGCUACGUCCAAGAAGAUAUUGAGAGAUGUUUUCCGGAAGGGCGACGCCUGGUUCCGAACUGGCGAUGUGCUGCGCUGGGAUAAGGAGAACCGCGUGUACUUUGCGGACCGCAUCGGCGACACGUUCCGCUGGAAGAGUGAGAAUGUGUCGACCGCCGAGGUUGCACAAGUCGUCGGACUGCACCCGGAUGUCCAGGAAGCCAACGUCUACGGGGUGGCACUGCCGCACCACGACGGCCGUGCUGGAUGCGCUGCGGUGGUCUUCGAACCAUCUGCUCUGGCCGGCGACGGCGGACGGCCGAGACCCGAGACGCUCAAGUCGCUGGCUCAGCACGUCCGGGCUGGGCUGCCGAAGUAUGCCUUGCCGCUCUUCCUCCGCGUUGUCCAGGCCGGCGGGAUGCAAACGACGGGCACGAACAAGCAGCAAAAGACCGGCCUGCGUAGCGAAGGCGUAGACCCUAGCAAGACGGGCUCUGACCAGCUCUUCUGGCUCCAUGGGGAUUCCUACGUCGAGUUCAGACCCCAGGAUUGGGAGGCACUGCAAGGGGGUCGGGUCAAGCUCUGAAAGGCUGCGCUGUGCCUGAGAGGGU